AUUCCGCAGACCCGCCCCCCUCGAUUUGAGGGAAAGCUAAAGCGUGGCAGGGGCCGGGCGGGGAAGCGAAGGAGGCGGGUCUCCAUAGAAACCUCCACCUGUUUCCGGCCGGGCUGUGUGAGAUUAGGGGCUGCUGAGGGGGCCAAUCUCAGUCAGCUCGCUUCUUCCCGGCGGCCCCUGCGGGCGUGGUGGGUGUUGUACACAAUCAUCAUGGCGGCGGCCGGAGGCCCGGAUGGCAUGGAGGAACCUGGCAUGGACACGGAGGCCGAGGCCGUGACCACCGAGGCGCCCGCGCGGCCCCUCAACUGCGUGGAGGCCGAAGCCGCGGUGGGGGCGGCGGCCGAGGACUCCUGCGACGCGCGAGACAACCUGCAGCCGGCCCCGGCCCAGCCCCCUGGGGACCCGGCGGCACAGGCCUCGGUCAGCAACGGCGAGGACGCGGGCGGCGGCGCGGGCAAGGAGCUGGUGGAUCUGAAGAUCAUCUGGAACAAGACCAAGCACGACGUCAAGGUUCCCCUGGACAGCACAGGCUCCGAGCUAAAGCAGAAGAUUCACUUGAUUACAGGUCUCCCGCCUGCUAUGCAGAAGGUCAUGUAUAAGGGGCUUGUCCCUGAAGAUAAGACAUUGAGAGAAAUAAAAGUGACCAGUGGAGCCAAGAUCAUGGUGGUUGGCUCAACUAUAAAUGAUGUCUUAGCAGUAAACACCCCCAAAGAUGCUGCCCAGCAGGAUGCAAAGGCAGAAGAGAACAAGAAGGAGCCCCUCUGCAGGCAGAAGCAACACAGAAAAGUGUUGGACAAAGGAAAACCCGAAGAUGUGAUGCCAUCUGUUAAGGGGGCUCAGGAGCGCCUGCCAACGGUACCCUUGUCUGGCAUGUAUAAUAAGUCUGGAGGAAAAGUGAGACUCACCUUUAAGCUAGAGCAAGACCAGCUGUGGAUUGGCACUAAAGAUUCCUGGAGGGACCUGAACAUGCCUAAUUCAUCUGUUUCUGGCCAGCACUGUAGGUAUUCAGUGUUUGAGAGCGGACAGAGAAACUGCCCAUGGGCUCCAUUAAAAAUGUGGUCAGUGAACCUAUUGAAGGACAUGAAGACUACCACAUGAUGGCAUUUCAAUUGGGCCCCACGGAAGCCUCUUACUACUGGGUGUACUGGGUUCCAACUCAAUAUGUGGAUGCAAUCAAAGACACUGUGCUGGGCAAGUGGCAGUAUUUUUGAAAGCACUUUCACCUCUGGCCCAGGAGACUGACCCAAAGUGAAGGACAUUGCCGGGAGAGGCCUGCAGCAUCCCUGGAUUUCAGAGUUCUGGAACUUUGUUCACACACACAAAUCUCUAUUCAAUCUGAGGUGAUGUGGUGACCGAAGCCAGAGGUGAUAUACUUUCACUCACCAUUAGCUUAAUUUUAACUUAAAAUCACUGGUUCCCUUUCUUGCAGUCAGCUUCAUACCAUUUUUAAAGUCAGUAUGGUGGAAAUCAAUAAAUCUGAAUUCCGAACACGUGUGGAAUACUCUUAAGUGUGUUUGAGAGUAGAUCUGCCAGUUAUGCUGAGAAGGAAAUAAUCAAAAGCUUUCUGGUUGUUUUUUCUUUCUCUCCCUUUCCUUUGUUUUUUUGGAAGUGAUUUCAACUGAAGUAUUUUCAAAUGUCUUUGGUUGCAUACAUUUGGACUGCAUUAUGAUUAGUUGGGGUUUUUUUUUUUUUCUUUCCUUGGUAUUAAAAUUAUAUGCAAAAUGGGGGGGUUAGUAAGCCAUAUUUUUUUUUUCUGUAUGUUAAUUCAGAUUUCUUUCCUUUCCUUUUUUUAAAGUUUUCUCACUUCCCUAGAGUUCUGUUUUAAAACCCAAAGAUGCCAGUUCCCCUUUUGGUACCUCAUCCUCACUUCCUUGCCGGGCUCUCUCCCAUGUGCUGCUGCUGCUUGGGAACGCAUGUGGGAGAGGAAGAGCUGGUGGUCUUGGCCUGGGGUCUCCCCCUUGCUCUGGUGUUUGUUGAGCAGCAGAAAUCUCUCAAGUCACUCCUGUGUACAUGUCUUGCCCUUUGGGCCUCUGUUCUGGGGACUUCCACUGCUGGUUUGCUUGUUGGCAGCCCUCCUUGGGUUAGCGUGGAGACCCAGUUUGGCUCAAACAAGCCUGGGACAUGCUGCUCCGAGGUCCCAGCUCCAAAGAAGAACCGGGCAACUAUCUGGCCACAGCUUGACCAGUUCUUGCUUUGGAAGUUUCCAGAACUCUAAGUAGUCCAGUGGUUGUUUGAAUAACACUUCUUUGUUUGGUCCUUCUGCUCAUGCAUUCAGUUCAAGUGUCCUUUAUCCCAGGUUCAGAAAAGACAUCUGACCUAGUGGGUUGGCCAAUGGUGUUUGAACAACAGAAAUGGGAUAAAUUCCUUUCAUGAUCAGCUUGCCCUCUUCUGGUUUUAGCCCUGGUGUUUUUCGUACAUGUGAACUUUUGUCGUCCCAGUAUGCCUUGAUUGACUCUGAAUUGAGGGACUUGGUGGGUAAUCCCCUUUGUGCUGUUUGCUCUUUCUCUGCUGCUGUCUUUGCAAUUCUCCUCUCCCUGGUUGCAGGCUCUCAUAGUAAGGUUUGGUGAGAAACCUUCCCAGCAUCACACUUUGGACUCUUAAGCUGUUACCCGCCCUCAUCCUGUGAAAUGUAUUCGCAUGUUUUCGCCUAAGGUGACUAUUCCUUGUGAGCCAGUUAAUGAUGAUAUUUAUGCUCUUCCUUCUAAGCUGUAGUCGGGAAUUCAGCCCACGUAGACUCUUGCUUUUUGUGGUGUAUUCAGUGCCAAGUUACACAUCUGGACAGGAAAAUCUGUUCUGCUUUUGGGGCACAUAAGUACAUAUGUGAAAUGCUGCGUCCAAGAUGCCUGUGUCUCAUCACCUCAGUGGUAAUUGCAGUUUUCUGUUCUUGUUGGCCUGUAGUUCCUGGUGAAAAGUGCAGUUUGCUCCUUGUCCCAGCCUCCUGCACUUGGCAGGUCUACCAAGGAAAUGAUCGUGCAGCAGGUAGACCAUCAUCUUGGUUUCAAUACUGUCCUUUUCUUUGCCGAUGUCCGUCUUCUUGAGACUUGUCUGACAGUGCCACACACUCAGUUUUGGUCUCUCUGGACAGGCCUCUGUUUCCACUUUGGUUCUGAGACCCCCUCCUGCCAGCCCCCCAUUUGCUGUGUGGUUCCUAGCACUUUCUGCCACCCCUCCUCCCAGUGCGCAUGCCCUGCCAUUAUCCCCCUGCUGCCUAAGGGCCAAACUGCUUCUCACUCAGGCUGGUGUCAUUUUAAGAGGACCAAAGCCUCUGUGAGUCUUUUUAUUUUCAGUAAAAUGGUGCUUUUUCCUUACUUCAAGAUAUUCUCUAUAAAUAAUGUAAAUGACACCUUUUCGUAUGGAGCUGUUUUGAGUAUUGCUUUCCAGAGUUCACUGAAUCUGCUAUCACAGUCUUGAGCUCUGGCUCCUGACCCUGUCAGCAUGGAAGGCCUUGCCAGAAGCUCUCAGGAGGGCAGAGGCAGGCAGUACUGGAAGCUUCUGGGAGAAGUGUUGAGAUCUUGUCUGGGUCACUAUUCACUAUUUUGUCACUCAGUCCCGUGAGCAGUCUUUUAUAUUUCUUACCGUGUGGAAUAUAUUGACUAAAUCUGUGUGAGCAAAUUGAAGUACUCUUCCCUUUAGGUAGCAUCCCAGUGUUUAUUUUUCCUCAGGAUUAUUUCUGUACAACUCCUUUACUGUCAGAUGAGAGGGGACUGGAACUUUCCCUCCCUGUGGCAGAGGCAUGCAAGUGGCUCUCCAGGAGAGGGCCUCUGGUGGCAUUACAUGAAGCUAGGUGGAGGGGUCCCAGGCUUCUCUGGGGCUUGUCAUCAUGUAGCCUCCCAAAAGACUGCUCUCUCAUCUAGAAUUGGUACUGGUGGCCCUCUUGCAGGUCUGCCCUCACAGACAUCACACUUUCCUUUUCCUCCUUGAGGCAACUUGGCAGAAAAAUGUGACCACAUAACUCCUGCUGAGCCUGGUUGCCUCAGCUCUGUUUCAGUUAGUCAACUCAGAGCACUUAGACUCAAGAGUUGCUGGAGCUCUCUGGUAUGAAGUAUUUUAAUUCAUGGUGGGCCUUUGCAAGUAGCUUUGGCUCUUAGAUGAAGUUUAACUGAGUAAGGAUGCACUUUCUUAGCAUCUUGGGGGCCUGGCAAGGUCCUAAGUGGCUCCUUAGUUGCUGCUUUCCCUUACAAGGGCCAAAGAGAUUAAGUUUGCUACGUUGCCGUAUCUCAGAAAAGUUGCCAUAUUUCACCCAGAAGGGGAGUUUUCUUAUUCUGUAACAUGUGCCUGGAGGAGCCAUUGUAGGCUCUUGAAAUCUUCCCACCCUUUCUUUGCCAGCUGAGAAGGGAAAGGGAUAGACCCAUGUGCCAAGGGCCAUGCAAGGGCAGGCUUUCUUUCCACCCACCUGCUGCCGGAACCAUCUUUUUCAUGCUCCUUGCCGCUGUUCAUGCCUGUUUCUUGAAAAAGGAUUGUCCUUCUGUCUUCAGGCUUUGUAAUAAGAGUCACCUCCUGUCAGGGUGGGCCUUUUUCCUUCUUGUAUGGCAUAGCAGCCUUCCUGAAGUCAACAGUGGUCAGGAGCCUUCUGAUGUGCAGGACGUCUGGUGGACUUACCUGCCAGUCUGGGCGGUUCUACUGCUUUCUGGGUGUCUAAGAACCUUUCUUUUCCUUUCUUAAAGAGUUCUGCAGAGUUAUUUGACAAUGUAUGUAAGUACCAUGUUUCCUUGUGGUGUACACUCUGUUCUGGUUUGUUUUUUAAAACAAAAUGCCUGUUUGGGAGGAGAUGAACGUUAUGUAGUCUAUUAGAUUUGCGCUGCUGGAUUUUUUUUCAAGUGUAACCUUAACUAGCUGUCUCAUUGUUUACCCUGUAAGAUUAGUCUAUCAAUUAAAGUUUGAUAAUUAA